AUGGCGCCCGCCACUCGUCGCCCUGUUCGUGUCGCCGGAGCUUCAGGAGGGUUCUCAGACCGCGUCCGUGCUAUCGCCUCUCUCGCUAAGAAUGAAGAAGUCGACGUUAUUGUAGGAGACUGGCUUUCCGAACUUACUAUGACCAUCCACGGCACCGGAAAAAUUAAGAACAUGGAACAGAUGAUGCAAGCACGCACUCUCGAGGAGAAACUCGACUACGCCAUGUUCGCUGAGAACUUUCUCGACUGCUUCCUGCCCGCCGUUCCAGACUUGGCUGGGAAGGGAAUCAAGCUUGCGGUGAAUGCCGGGGCUUCGGAUACGGAGAUUCUUGCUCAACUUGUUGAUAAGAAAGUUAAGGAGAUGGGUUUCAACUUGAGGGUAGCGUGGAUUGAGGGUGAUGAUGUUACCGGGGCCGUAAAAGGCAUGUUGAACAAGGGUGAAGGCUUCCGGAGUCUGAUGCACAAUAAGUCUGUCGAGGAGUGGGGACUAGAGCCAGUGUGUGCGCAGUGCUACCUUGGUGGUAUGGGUAUCGCGAAGGCCCUGGCUGAGGGUGCUGAUGUUGUAAUCUGCGGUCGUGUGUCGGACGCUUCUCCUAUCAUUGGUGCUGCUGCAUGGUGGCACGAAUGGACGAACGACAUGUUCGACGAGCUUGCCGGUUCUCUAAUCAUCGGCCAUCUCUUGGAAUGCUCCGCCUACGUUUCCGGCGGCUACAGCGCCGAUUUCCGCCAACUCAUGGAAAAAGGCAAGCACAUCAACCUAGGUUUCCCCAUCUGCGCCAUCGACCACAAGGGCGAGGGCAUCAUGUACAAGGAGAAAAACACUGGUGGACAAAUGACAGUCAGCAGCGUAACCUCGCAGCUCCUUUACGAGAUCCAAGGUCCUCAGUACUACAAUUGCGACGUUACCGCCCAAAUCGAGAACAUCAAAUUCGAACAAGUGGGCGAAGACCAAGUCAAAGUUUCCGGCGUCAAGGGCCUACCACCCCCUCCAACAACCAAAGUCGGGUUAACAGGAUUCGCAGGCUGGCAAGCCGAGUACCAUGUCUACCUCUGCGGUCUGCACAUUGAAGAAAAGUGUAAAUGGACCGAAGAACAAGUCAAAUACGAGCUCGGCGAGGAAACCCUCAAGAAAUUUACAACCCUCAAAUUUAUGCAAAACGGCACUUCACCAAUCGAUGCACGCAACCAGGACCUCGCUACCGUAGACUUCCGCAUCUUCGCACAAUCGACGGAUCGGGAGCUUCUCAACAUGCGGAAUCCGCAGGGGUUCUUCCGUGUCAGUAUGGUAACGUUUUUGCAGUCUUGCCCUGGUGCGAGCUUGGGAAAUGAUAUGCGACAGGCGGAGGGGAAGCCCUACUAUGAGUACCACCCUUCGCUGCUGCCACAGUCUGCUCUCCAGCAGCGAGUACACUGCCUCUGGGACGCCGAAGGAGCCAAGGACGGGAAGAAAGUUAUUGAUAUACCUCUUGCCCCUGAAUUCCGCACCUACGACCGCCAACAACCCUCCUACGAAACCACAAACCCCGUCCCGCUCGAUAGCUUUGGUCCUACAGUUCGUCUACCCCUAGGCUCCAUCGUGCUGGGUCGAUCUGGAGAUAAGUGCUCAGAUUGCAAUGUUGGCUUCUUCGUGCGUUACGACGAUGAGUGGGAGUGGCUGCGGUCUCUCAUGACUAUUGACAAGGUGAAGGAGUUGCUAGGGCCAGAGGAGUAUAAGGGGAAGCCGAUUGAUCGCUUCGAGAUGCCAAAUAUUAGGGCCGUGCACUUCUUGUUACACGAUCAUUUAGAUCGCGGGUACGACGCGUGCAGCACGUAUGAUACGUUGGGGAAGAACUGCUGCGAGUAUUUGAGAGCCAAGACGGUGGACAUCCCGAUCCAAUUUGUGAAGAGGGGGGUUUUGUAG